GUGGUGGGGGGGGCGGUGGACUGCAGCUUUUAGAAACACACACACACCGGGAAGAGGGCUUUCAUUCUCAGCCCAAAGCUUCUAACAGGCACAUCCCAUUCUUACAGAGAGGGGGACCGCAAGAGACACUCGCAGUGUCCAUGUUUUUCCGUGGCAUCCCCGCACACAGCCUGCGUGACUCGUAAGCCCAGAAACGCGUUGCUGAUAUAUCGAAGGGAAUUUUUUUUUUUUUACACUGCACGUUCAAGAGCGGACACUUUGGCAGCGCGUCUGAAAAAAAAGAAAGAAAGAAAGAAAAAGAAAAAAAAAACGUUCCUCUAAAAUAUGUGGCCAACAAGCAUCCACUGAACGAGCAGUUCCGCUCAAAUUGCUGCGAAAAGAUCUUUUUGUUCGCUUUUUAAGACAAGUGACGGACAUGAUCUGCAAUCCAAACUCGUUUUACCCCUGAAGGAACUGAAGCGAGAAUAACUUGAAGAAGAAGAAGAAGAAGAAGCAGAAGCAGAAGCAGAAGUUCUCCCGCGAGCCGCCGGCUCUGAAGCUCGACACGGACAGCAGCAGUUUUCUAACCCGCAUUGAAAGCUGCAUAAUCGAGGCGAGACGGCGACCUCAGUCGAUUAUCUCUCCUUCCUUUGCUAUCCCAUGGAUAUUCACUGCAAAGCAGACCCAUUCACGGCGAUGCACCGUAAGUAUAAGAUUUGUUUUUGCUAUCUCUUCCAAAAUGUCCUUACUUCGCAAAAAAAAGGAAAAAAAGAAGAAGAAUAGAAAGCUACCUGCUCUGCACUGUGCAGUGCAAGAACUUGCCCAGACCCAUGCAAGCUUCUGUAUGUCAUCAAAUUAUUUAGGAAUGACAAAAUUAAAUAAUAUGUGCACAAGUUAAAGUAUAUAAAAAGAAAAAUAAUGAAUUAAAUAUAUCAUGAAUAAACCGACACAGACACUAACCUAAACAGACGCACCGUAAAGCGCAAAAUAUUUGCAGAGAUCACUUGCCAUAUUGGCGCUUAUGUUAUCCCAUAUCGAGUAGCAGUAGAUGAAGUUGGACAAAAAGUCGAUGAAAUUCCACACAAUAAAAAUAGCUUGUACUAAUUAGACCCUGUAACAAUUACUGUUUAACUUGUUCAGCAUUUAGCUGGCUUCAUGGGCUAUAAUAUAAAGCAAAUAAAUUAGGCCUACGGUUUAUAGCAACAAGCACGCUUAAGGCUAAAAUGAAAAAUACGCUAAUAAUAAAGCAACCAGUAAUGUAUAACUGUAUUUUAUUGGAUAUUUCUGAGACUAUAAAUAUCAGAAAAAUGCUAUUUCUAUUAUUUAAAAGGCUACAUUUUAUUCUAAUUAGGUAGAGAAGAGAAAAAUGUAAGAAAGGGCUGGACAAAAUGCAAGAAAUGAGUAGUAUAAAGAUAGCAGAAAUUCGUUUAAUCAGUACUGAUAAUAACAGACAUAAGGUCAUAUAAAGAGUACAGAAGUUGUUGGUGGUGGAUAUAUUUAAAAAAAAACAAAAUUAUUGCCUACGAACGCCCAAUUUAAAUAAUUAAUUCUUGUUUUGCAGUUGCUUUUCUGUGGUUGUAAUAUGAGUUAUCAAAGAUCUUUUUAAUUAUUUACAAUAAUUGUGCAAGGAAAAUUAAACAGCCUGAAACGUAAUCUAUGCGACAUGUGUUUGGCUGCAAUGGAAUAGUAGAGGAAAAUACUACCUAACUCUCUGCUGGGUUUUGCACAGAGUAGCUAAUAUCUUUAUUAGUUUUGUGCGAUAUGGAAAAAAAGGAUAACAAUGUUGUAAGGUGAUUUUGUUAUGAAUUCCUGCAUUUAGCGGUUAUAUAUAUAUUCUAAUACACAAAUAAGACACCGGUGCACUGAGACCACGAGCAUCACAACCACAAUCACCUAUAAUAAUGACAAUAAUAAUAAUAAUAAUAAUAAUAAUAAUAAUAAUAAUAAUUUGUAAAGAUGAGAGGGGAAACGAGUUGAAUACUAAUAAACGACAUAUGUUGUAUGAAUAUCUAAGAGUAGUUUUGACUGUUAAUCUGCAGGAUUUACAUUUAGCUAAAAAAAAAAAGAAGAAAUUGAAAUUGUUUAAACACGAAUGAUUUGAAUUGUGCGUUAAUAGGCUACUGGACAGGUUUGCUCUGAUUACCCGAACGUGUGUAUAUGGACAUAAAGAUCAUUUUGAGUAGCGAAUUGUUCGUAGGUUUUGAUUUGUGUGUGUACGUGAGCGCGUGCGGCUGUGUGUGUAAAGCAGAGAGAGAGAGAGAGAGAGAGAGAGAGAGAGAUGUAGACAGUAAAGUGAGAGUGACUGUAGGCUACAAUGCAGCGUGUCUUCUAUAUGUAUGUAAUGUUACGCUGUUGUGUGUGUGUGCUGUUGUCUCCCACAUAGGGCAUGGGGGUGUGAACCAGCUCGGAGGGGUGUUUGUGAACGGCAGACCCCUACCUGACGUGGUUCGGCAGAGGAUCGUGGAGCUGGCACACCAAGGGGUCAGGCCGUGUGACAUCUCCAGACAGCUCCGGGUCAGCCAUGGCUGUGUCAGCAAAAUACUCGGCAGAUACUACGAAACUGGCAGUAUUAAACCUGGAGUUAUUGGCGGCUCCAAACCCAAAGUGGCCACUCCAAAAGUUGUGGAUAAAAUUGCAGAAUAUAAGCGGCAGAACCCCACCAUGUUCGCCUGGGAGAUCAGAGACCGACUUCUCGCCGAAGGUGUGUGUGACAACGACACGGUUCCAAGCGUAUCCUCCAUCAACAGGAUAAUACGGACCAAAGUUCAGCAGCCCUUCCAUCCAUCUCCAGACGGGACAGGAACUACCCUUACCACAGCAGGACACACUAUAGUGCCUAGCACAGCUUCCCCACCUGUAUCAAGUGCUUCGAAUGACCCGGUGGGCUCCUACUCCAUCAACGGCAUCCUCGGAAUCCCUCGCUCCAACGGCGAAAAGAGAAAGCGUGAUGAUGUUCUCUGGAGUGGCAACCACUUGGAUGGGAGGAAAAUAGGAUAUUAUGGCUCAGAUGGCUCUGGCCCAAACAGUGAUUCUCAGGGUAGUGUGGAGAGUUUACGAAAGCACCUGAGGGCUGAUGCCUUCACUCAGCAGCAGCUGGAGGCUCUGGACCGGGUGUUUGAGCGGCCAUCAUACCCCGACGUCUUCCCAACAUCAGAGCACAUCAAGCCAGAGCAGGCUAACGAAUACUCACUACCAGCACUGAACCCAGGACUGGACGAGGUCAAGCCCAGCCUAUCCACCAGCGCCAGCUCCGAACUGGGCUCCAGCGUUUCCCAGAGCUACCCAGUAGUGACAGAAUCCCAUUCCUCCACGGUGUGUGUUAAGCAAGAGCCACACGAGGCUUCGCUGGCUCCUUUCACUCCCUCUUCACUUGCAGCCUCGGGGCUAGCGGAACUGUUGCCCUUCCAGCCCGGUGUGUCAGUAGACGCCUCCACCCCCUGCUACGGUGCCUAUGGCCACCAUGGCCCCAGCUACGGCCAGUACGCAAGCCAGCCUAUUAUAGCAGGUCGAGACAUGGCCAGUACAACUCUCCCAGGUUACCCCCCUCACGUCCCCCCCACUGGGCAAGGCAGCUACCCCACCUCAACACUUGCUGGAAUGGUUCCUGGAAGCGAUUUUUCAGGAAACCCCUACUCCCAUCCACAAUACACAACCUACAAUGAAGCUUGGAGGUUCAGCAACCCAGCACUAUUAAGUUCCCCUUAUUAUUAUAGUGCCGCAUCCCGGGGCUCGGCCCCUCCCACUGCUGCCACUGCCUAUGACCGCCACUAGUUACCAUGGCAACCACGUCACUCUGCAGCAACACAACCAUGACCCACGUAUCGCACCAGUGUGAACAGUGUUACGGUCCAACGUGGCCAUUCAGCGUGGCUCCACCAUCUUCAGUUUUGCGGGGUCAGACUGUGAGAUUAGGAAGGUCAAGCAGCCGUGAAUUUUCCCUCCUGCAUUUCUUCAACGCCCCCUACUUCAAUCAUCGAUAUCUGAGCCCCUGUUUUUCAACUCGCUGAACAAUGACUAUAAAAUUUCCGUAAAGACUCUGAAAGAUUAUACAAAAUCUAUAUAUAUUAUAAGAUAUAAAACAAGACAAACCGUGUGAAAAAUACAAAGUUAACACGUGAUUUUUUUUUUGUUUGUUUGUUUCUUUUUUUCAUCAGUCAUUGCAUUCCUUUACAUACUGUACGUAGUACCAUCAACCAAGGAUUAAAAAAGGCAAUUUGGGAUUGUCCUUUGCCAGUGUGUAAACCUCUCAUGGACAGAUCAGUUAUGCAAGAGAUGCAGUUAUAGGAAAGAAGAGCACUGCAGCGGAAAGCAUCGGCUCAAACCCUCUAUCGUAAUAACCAGUUCAAUAAUCAGACGUUGUGAUAAUAUCAAAAGGCUUACAUCAUGUUCUGUGAGACACAAUCAUUUGUAAAAGUCUGAAUAGUAAGAAUAAAAAGGUAAUGAAUGGCCUGAGGAUAAAUUAAUUUCUUGAGUUACAGUUAGAGUUGAUUUUGAUUUUACAAUUUCUCCCUUUUUGUUACAUAUACAAGAUUAUGACAGGUUUCUGUUCAGGUGCUACAUCAUGACCAACAUCAUGCUUUGCUCCUUUUUGCACUAUUUAAUUACAAAAUUUCAAUGAGGUCUGUGAGCAAGCAACGUUUGUCCAAUGAUAUGUAUAAACAUGUAAAACUCAUUCUAUAUUGGACAAAACAGCAGAAAAUAUUCUGACACCUUUAACUAUUGCUUCCACUCAUAUAAACUGUUUGUUGUUUUCUUUUUUGUUCAUGUUUUAUGAAUGUUUAAAAAAAACAGUGGCGUGCUCUUAUGACAUAUUACUGGGCCAUUAUCAUCUGUACUAAACAGAAUCUUACUGUUAAAUUAUUUUUAUAUUUUUUACAUAAAUCUACUGCUCAUGUUAAACAGAAGAUUGAUCUCUACUCUCAUUUCAACAUAAGUGACACUCCUAGUACUGCCUUACAACUUUUUAAAGGUUUGGGUGAAAACUGGCUCCAGUCCUGAGAGGUAGAUAUGCAAGUAACACAGCUUUUGUGUUUUAGAUCAAUGUUUCUAGAUGGGACAUUUAAAUCCGUGAAAAACAUCCAUUCCAUCAUUUCCAGAAAAUGUAAAGUGAAUGUACUUUUACCACAUUUGCCAAAGACUUAGUUUGAUAUUUAAUAUUUUAUUUGCAGUAUCUGUAUGCAUUAAUAAAGCAGUAUUAUGUUUUAAUAGUAGUCAACACUGAUUCUAUGUGGUAAUGUUAAACAAAACACAAAGCUCCAUCAAAUGCACAUUACAGUGUACACACACAAGGUGUAUUCCGUUAGUCAAUGUUAUGUCAUUUGCAACAAAUUGCUGCUUUGUAGAAUUUGUGUAUAAUGUGAAGACAAUUCUUCAAUGUAUAUAAGAUCAUCUACAUCUGACCAUUGCAGUAUCGUAGUAAUUUACUGAUUUCAUUUGUAGAUAUGCAAAUUGAAAGAAAAAAAAAAAAAAGAUUACAUACAUUUGUGUCUUAGGUGUUGUGCUUGGAACAAAAGUGCAACAAAAAUUGAAACCUGUCAAUUAUUACUGUGGGUUUCAAAUGCUACCCAUCACAUGUAUGACUGGUUGUAUGUUUGGUUCAGUUUUUCCUGACUUGUUCAUAUUUUUUUAAGUCGCUAUGCAAAUGAAGUAAAUGGCUUUCUGUAUUCUCUUUUACUUCUGUGUUCAAUUUUCCAUCUAAUUUCAGAUGAUCCAUCCAUCUCUUAUUGAUGAUGACCCUGUACAAAUUACAGUUACGUUUUAUAUAUGCCUGGUUUUGUGGGCUGUUUUCACAAGUUGUCCAACUAUGAUCCUUGCUCAAUGGUUUAAAAUGCAGCAAAGUACAACCUGUGAUUAAGCUUCUCGACACGUUGACCUGGAGGUGAUUAUGUCAUAGCAGCAUGGAGAAACAAUACAAUUUCAGACUCUUUUACACACACACACACACACACACUCCAAAAUACACAAAUCAUUAUGGCAACAGAGACAAUAGCAAUUACGAAUAAAAGUGUGAAUGUUGUUACAAUUAAAAGGUAAAAAUCUGUCGUCUCACUUAGAAUGAAGACAUUUUUGUCCUACUCAUUGCAUCCUGUAUUAAUUUUUUUUGUCUUUUUUUAAAAGGCAGAAAUGAUCUGCAUCAGCAGAGCAAGGUAGAGGGCAUGGUCUUUCUCCCGUUGUUAAGAUGAUGCGUCAUGGACAUAAUUUCUGAUGGAAACCUAUAACUAAAGCCAUGUGGCCUCAAUCGUUGCUCUGAUCCACUUCUGUCUGAUUCCUUUUUUUGUGCACAUGAGAAAUAAAUUUUUUGUAUGUCAA